AUGGCUGCUAAUUCGACAAGGGUUAGUUACUUCUUCUUAGCUCUUGUAAUGACGGUGGUGAUUCUCACUCCUUCACUUGUCUCCGGUGAUAAUGGAUUCACCGAUCUUAAAAUCCGUAAACACUUGAAACGACUCAACAAGCCUUCUCUUAAAUCGAUUAAGAGCCCAGAUGGUGACAUGAUCGAUUGUGUACCAAUCACCGACCAACCAGCUUUUGCUCAUCCUCUGCUCAUUAAUCAUACUGUUCAGAUGAGACCAAGUUUGUACCCAGAAAGUGUUUUUAGUGAGAGUAAAGUUUCAUCGAACAAGAAGAAUCAGAAGUUUAGUGAUAUAACUCAGCUUUGGCAUGUGAAUGGGAAAUGUCCAAAGAACACAAUUCCCAUCAGAAGAACGAAGAAACAAGAUCUUUAUCGAGCGAAUUCGGUCGAGAAAUUCGGCGUGAAGAGUCAGAAAAGUAUCCCUAAACCUAAAUCUUAUGAACCAGCUAGUGUCCUUACACAAAAUGGUCAUCAGCACGCGAUAAUGUAUGUGGAAGAUGGGGUUUUCUACGGUGCUAAAGCGAAGAUUAAUGUAUGGAAACCGGAUGUCGAAAUGCCUAAUGAGUUUAGCUUAGCUCAGAUUUGGGUUUUGGGUGGAAAUUUUAACUCUGAUCUUAAUAGUAUUGAAGCUGGAUGGCAGGUCAGCCCACAAUUGUAUGGUGAUAAUCACACUAGACUCUUCACUUAUUGGACUAGUGAUGCAUACCAAGGCACAGGCUGCUAUAAUCUAUUGUGCUCGGGAUUCGUUCAAAUCAAUAGGGAAAUCGCAAUGGGUGGUUCGAUCUCUCCUUUAUCGAACUACAGAAGCUCUCAAUAUGACAUUACCAUACUCAUCUGGAAGGACCCAAAAGAAGGACAUUGGUGGUUACAAUUUGGAGAGAAAUACAUAAUCGGAUACUGGCCAGCUUCACUCUUCUCUUACUUAUCAGAAAGCGCAUCGAUGAUCGAGUGGGGAGGCGAAGUAGUUAACUCACAGUCAGAGGAAGGACAACACACAACCACUCAGAUGGGAAGUGGUCGGUUCGCGGAGGAAGGUUGGGGCAAAGCGAGUUACUUCAAGAACGUUCAAGUAGUAGAUGGAUCGAAUGAAUUGAGAAACCCGGACAAUCUUCAAGUCUUUACUGAUCAAGAGAACUGUUACAAUGUGAAGAGUGGUAAUGGAGGUUCUUGGGGAAGUCACUUUUACUAUGGUGGUCCGGGUCGAAAUCCUAAUUGCCCUUAA